AUGCAGAGACGCCUCUCAUCCUCUGAAAAGGGGAAAGCCGUUGCGCUAGAGCACCUCCCUGCCCCUCGAAAAGCUAGAGUCAGGGUUAUGGAACCUGACAUCACUGCGUUGAAGCAGAAGCAUUCUCUAACCAUUAUUGGUAGAGUCACAAACCCAUCUGUCCAGAAGGUGUGGUCGCUUCUCCCGUUUUUUACAGAGCACUGGAAAGCGGAUAUUCCCCCGACGGGUUCUGACCUUGGCUUGGGAAUGUUCCAAUUCCAAUUUGAACUCGAGUCGGAUCUUCUUACGGUCCUGGAAAAGCAACCAUACCACUUUGCUAGGUGGAUGAUUAUCCUACAAAGGUGGGAACCAACCUGCUCACCGGAGUUUCCAUCAAUGAUUCCGUUCUGGAUCAAAAUCCACGGAGUUCCGAUCCACCUAUGGACAGAAGAAACCAUCCGCAGCAUUGGAAAAGACAUUGGAACGUUCGAAAUUGCAGAGAUCACUUCUACCUCCAUCCGCAUGCGAGUCCAUGUCAAUGGGAGACUUCCCCUCAUCAAAAAAUCCAUCCUAGAGUAUCCGAAUGGUGAUGAAGUUGCUGCAGUCCUAGUCUAUGAGAGACUGGAGAGACACUGCUCGCAAUGUGGAAGAUUGGACCAUGAGCUCCGUGAUUGUCUGGAAGCUAAGGCACUAAAGAGAGCUCUACUUGCGAAUCAAACCGAUGAGCCAAAGAACAAGGAAGCUCAACACUUGGUGCCUAGGAGUGGAAUUCGUGAGCCCAAUCCCUCCACUGAUAAAAGGUGGGAACAUGCCCCUCGUAGACUGGACUAUAGUCGGUCCCUUCAGAGUAGAAGCUCAACCCGAUACUCCUCUCACAACCCAACACAUGGAGCCAUGUCUACCAGAUACAGAUCCCGUGACCCUCCCCGUGAGGGAGGUGAGUAUCAGAAAAGAUCCUGGAGACCAAAAGAUAGCUUUGUAAGGGAUUCCACAGCUCGGAAGGAAGACCUGCGAAGUCUCCUCAACAAAACAGAGUCUCGUAAACAGUUAGAUACAGUUAUUGGGGAUUCCCAAUCAGACCACUCCCACAAGUCUAGAUAUAAUGAAGAGCACCGGGCUAGAGAUGAGGAGCGACUCUCUCCAGCUACUUACAUAACCCCAAGACAAUCUACGCCAGCUUCACCAAGAAACGGGUCUCAUCAGUUAGAUAGGGGGAUUCCCCUCCGAAAGGAAAAUGAAAACCUACCCAAAGAAGCAGUGGAUGCUGCAAUGGGAGAAAUAAGGAAUUAUAUGACACAAUAUGCAAGUUGUGCAGACCCGAUGGAGAGUGCAGCUCGUAAGGAAAGAUUAAGGCAAGCAGAGGAGCGAGGCCAAGUUGAAGAAUCUGCGAUGCAGAUGGUUAAAGCCUCUAUGGCUCGGGAGAAUGAAGGAACUACAGCUAGAACUUCUCAGGAACCAAGUUCCAAUGAACGCUUACCUGCAACAGCACGGCUAGGUCCAAUAGGUCAAGCUCAGGAGGAACAAGUAGUUACAAAUAUCCAAUCUGAAGGAGGUCACACUGAGAGGCUGCCAAUGGCAGCUAGGCUUGGACCAACUCUCGAGGGAACAAGCAACAUUGAUCUCCCUCCGACGCGGGAGGAACCUCGGAAGCAAAAAAGGAAACCUGGUAGGCCACCAGGCGGCAAAAAGAUUGCUAGCCCUGCUCUGGCACCGGGAUCGGGUUUGCGCAAAAGGAAGGUCACUCCUAAGCCCACCACCUCCCGGAGGAGAGUUACUGGAGAAUCAGAGAGACCAAGGAAAGCGGCUCGAGCAAGCCACACUAGAGCCUCACAGCAGGACACUCCUUCGUCUACUGACAACAUUCCGAUAGUUAACUUGAUACCACCGUCGGCCAGACGUAGGAUGGAUUUUCGGGCUCCAUCCCACCUCGCUCCUUAA